AUGGCGGAGGAGUAUGAAAAGUACAAGCGGUUUGAAUACCGCAUGAAUUCGAACUUAGUCCUCCAGAGGGAGGGUCCCAUUCCAAACUUUAAUGAACCCACGGGGGAGAGUGAAAGUCUGGUUGGGAAGCUGAAGCAUAGGAUGGGCGACAAAGUAGAAUACACAAAACCUACCAUCCAAGGAAGAAGAGAUGAAUCAUUUAGGAGGAGCAACAAAAGGAAGGAUCUAAUCUUCGAUGAGAGUAGGAAGAAAAUCAGAAGAGGAACCAGUGGAAGCGUUAAGGAGAGGAGCGUUUUAAGUAUUAACCUGCAGGACAUAUUUAUGUAUAAGCCCAGCACGAAAUACACAGAAAAAAUGUUUUCCAAUGUAAUGGGUUCUGUUAGAGCCAUUAUUGGAGAUCACACGGGGGACAUAAUCAACAGUGCCUGUAACGAGAUACUACUCAUUCUGAAAAACGACAAAUUAAACGAUGAGGAGAAGAAGAAACAAGUGGAAGAUGCACUGGAGGUGUCCUCCAUGAGGGAUGAACAGUUUAUCGAGCUGAACAACUACGCCAGGGAAAUUUACGAUUUUAACAGGAAGGAAGUUUUUGAAGAAGUGGAUGAAGAGGAGGGGGUUGCCGUGGUUUUUGAGGAAGAUGACGAAUACUUCGACUAUAGAAGCAGCACCAAGGGGAGGGACGGGACUAAGAGUCAGGAGGACAUGGCCAGCACGAACGAGCUGAGUGACGAUUACCAAAUUGGCAUCGACGAUGCGGAAGAGGAGGAUGAAAACUAUGAUGAUGAUGAGGAGGAAGAUAAUGAAAGUGAUGAUGAUGACGAUGAGAAAAGUGACCUUUCAGAUGAAGAGAAUAGUCACGGGGAGGAGGACGACGGGAAGGACGACCAGGAGGGGGAAGACGCAACAGGGAAAGGGAAGAGAAGUACCCGGAAGAAGAGCGCCAAAAGUAGUACUAUUACCACACCGGGUGCUUUCCCCAUGAAGAAAAAACAGGAAAAGCAGGAGAAACAUCUAAGCUUGAAGGGUAUGAAGAAAGACACGGAUGGGAAGAGAAAGGAAACGGAAGACUACGAGUUGGAAACAAAUUCGAUAGAUGCACAUUGGUUGCAGAGGGAACUGAAUAAAGUCUUUACCGACCCGUCCCUCUGUCUAGAGAAGGAGAAGGAAGUGCUCGAUGUGCUAGGUAUCUAUGACAUACAAGAAUGUGAGAAUAAGCUAGUACACAUUCUAAAGUACGAGAAUUUUUCCAUGGCAAAAUUGCUAAUCAAGAAUCGGUGGAAGGUUUACUACUGCACGUUGCUUGGGCAGGCCCAGACGGAGAAGGAGAAGAAGAGGAUCAUGGAGGAGAUGAGGAAGAGUGAGGAGGGAGAAGAGAUUCUGGAGGAGCUUUCCAAUUUUAAGGCCAUGAAGAGGAACAAGCAGAGCGAGUUUGCCAAGACGAUGCGGAGGGAGGCAGACAAUUUAUUUAAAAAGAGGAGGUACCCUGCAGACGGGGUGGAGGACGCCACGGAGGGGACUCCUCAUGGGGGGGGCAGGUUCAUCCGUGAGGAGGAGGACGACGAAACUGACAAUGAAGAUGAAGAAGAGGACGAAGAUGAUGAAGAGGAUGACGGUGACGGUGAUGACGCCCCUGCGAAGAACGCCAAGGCGGGCACGAAACACCCUCUGAAGACGAACCAAUUAACUGUGAAGGUGGGCACGAAGAAGGGAGGGAAAAAAGUCAAUACGGGGGAGCACCCUGACGGGGACAACGAGGAAGACGAAGAAUCAGUGGAACACUUCAGAGCCAAGUAUGUCGAUUUGGAAAAGAUGGAUGUUAAGCAAAAAGGAGCAGAUUUUUUUAACAGAGAAGUGGUCCUACCUGUGGAUAGCACCCGAGUGGAGAAAAAAGAAUACGAUGAGAUUAUUAUUUCCAGUUCGAGAAGUAAAAGCAGCAGUGCGAAGGGAUCCCUCGACAAUGAAAAGGCAAGGGGGAGAGAGAAUUACUACACGAACCCGGAGGAUAUAAACCUUGUCAACGUGUCAGAUUUACCCGAGUGGGCGCAGGAAGUUUUCACCUGCGUAGGAAUUAGCAAACUGAACGCUAUACAGUCCAAGGUGCAUGAUGUGGCCCUGAACAGAUAUGAGGAAAAUAUGCUUAUUUGUGCCCCAACGGGUUCAGGAAAAACGAACAUCGCCUUACUAUGUAUGCUGAAUGUUAUUGGAAGUUAUAGGUUACGUAGCGGCAACAUCGACAGGAAGAACUUUAAGGUUAUAUACAUAUCUCCUAUGAAGGCGUUGGUGAAUGAGCAGGUGCAGUCAUUCUCUCUGAGAUUGAAGUGUUUAAAUUUGAAGGUGAGCGAAUUAACAGGUGAUGUGAAUUUGAGUAGUAAGGAGAUUGACGAGAGUCAGGUGAUUGUGAUGACCCCGGAGAAAUUCGAGGUGAUCAGUCGAAAGUGGAAUGAGAAGAUCCUUCUGCAGAAGAUAAAGCUCAUCAUCUUCGAUGAGAUACACUUGUUGAAUGAGGCACGUGGAAACGUCCUCGAGAGCAUCAUCAGUCGGAUUAAUAGGUAUGUUGACAACACGCUGGUCUAUGACGGUGGGGCAGCCACAGGGGGGACGAACGUUACAAUGGAUGAUGUUCAGCAAAACAACCUAAACAUGCACAGGAAGAAGAUCCGUCUGGUGGGUCUGUCCGCCACGCUACCAAAUUAUGAGGACGUUGGAUUGUUUCUGCGAGCUGACCUGCGAAGAGGUGUGUUCUACUUUGAUUACUCCUUCAGACCAGUCCAGCUGGAGCAGCACUACGUUGGUAUUAAGGAGAAGAAGGGCAUUAAAAAGUACGCCCUCAUGAAUCAGGUAACCUAUGAAAAGGUCCUAGAAGAGGCGGGAAAGAAUCAAAUACUAAUUUUCGUGCACAGUAGGAAGGAGACCUACCGAACAGCGAAAAUGCUAAUAGACAAAUUUUUGAAAAGCGAUAAUUUAAAUAAAUUUCUGAUGGGGAAAAAAAUAUCAAGUGAAAUUUUAUUGUCGGAAAAGGAGGCUAUAGUGAAUGAGGAACUGAAGGAGAUUCUUUCCUUCGGGUUUGGUAUUCACCACGCAGGGAUGAAAAGAACAGAUCGUAAAUUAGUGGAAGAUUUAUUUUCGGAUAGGCAUUUACAGGUGCUGGUAUCCACAAGCACCCUAGCGUGGGGAAUAAACCUUCCUGCACAUACAGUCAUCAUUAAAGGAACAAGUGUAUAUAACAUAAGCGUAGGUGACUUCGAUGAGUUGUCCCCAAUGGAUGUGCUCCAAAUGGUAGGAAGAUCAGGACGACCUCAAUAUGAUAAGAGUGGAAAGGCAGUCAUCAUAACGGAGCACAAGAAUUUGCAGCUUUACUUAUCUCUAAAUAAUGAGCAGCUUUGCAUUGAAUCCACUCUGAUGAGGAACAUAGUGAAUGUAAUUAACGCAGAGAUUGUUCUGAGGAACAUUCAGAAUUUUAAGGAAGCAGUGAACUGGUUCAGAUACACGUACCUUUACAUUCGCAUGAUGAAGAAUCCAAAACUGUAUGGCGUUCUCCCCAAGGGUGAAAAAGCGGACCACAUAUACACAGAUCAGGGUAAGGAGCAUAACAUUUCUGACCUGUUCAUGCAAAAAUUGAACAAAAAAAUUUACAACAUUAUAUACUCUGCUUUCGUAACGCUGGAAAAGUACGACCUGAUCAAAUACAAUAAGAAGCUAAACACGGUGAGCAGCACGUAUGUAGGAAAAAUCAGCAGUUACUAUUAUGUGGACUACCGGUCGAUAGAUCUGUAUAAUAAGAAGCUGAACAAACAUACGAAUGAGACGGAGUUGUUGAAAAUUUUCGGAAUGAGUGACGAAUUUAAACAUAUCUUCGUGAGGGAGGAGGAGAAAGUGGAGCUGUCAAUCAUAAUGGAAAAGCUACCGAUCCCGUUGAAGGAGGCAAUAAGCAUUCCCUACACGAAGAUUAACAUUCUUCUGCAAUUGUACCUGUCUAAUGUGACCCUAAAUGGGUAUGUCAUAAACGCGGACCUAAUAUACAUACAACAGAAUGCGUUGCGAAUUUUUAGAGCCUUUUUCGAAAUAUCAUUGAAAAAGAAUUCUUACCAUUUAAGCGCAAUGACACUGAAGUUUUGCAAAAUGGUGGAAAGGAAAAUGUGGGCCACCAUGUCACCGUUAAGACAGUUUGGUCUGCUUAGUAACGAGCUCAUCCGAAUUAUUGAGAAGAAAAACAUCACCUUCAGGAAUUACCUAAAUAUGAGUCUGAAUGAAUACAUAACCAUAUUUAAGAAUAAGAAAAUUGCAAAAAAUGUAUACAAAUUGGUUCACCAUUUUCCGAAAAUUGAGCUAAACGCGUAUAUCCAGCCGAUCAAUCAUCGGAUGCUGAAGGUAGAACUGAAUGUUACGCCAGAUUUUAUUUACAAUCCGAAAUAUCAUGGCCACUUUAUGUUAUUUUGGGUGUUCGUUUUUGACAUAUCUAGUGAGAGUAUGUUGCAUUACGAUUUGUUUAGCUUAAAACGGGGCGGCAUGACUAGCACGGUCAAUAUGAAUUCGAUGAAUGCAUCUUCACAGAUGCACCGUGAGGGGGACCAUACAGGAGGUGACACGCUGGAUGAUCACCUGCUGACUUUCUUCGUACCGAUAAAUGAAAAUCCCUUUUACAUUGUGAAGGUAGUUUCAGACAAAUGGUUGGAAUGCGAAAGCACCAUAAAUUUAUACCUAAAGGAUAUAAUUCUACCGUCGAAGAUUUCCUUCUCGACGCCGUUGCUCGAUUUGCAGGCACUGCCAGUAAACGCCCUCAAGUUUGAAGACGCAAAGCAAUUUUUCCACAGCAGAAAUGUGACCCAUUUUAAUCCAGUACAUACGCAGAUAUUUCCAUCCGUCUACGAAAUGGGUGGCAAUGUAAUAAUAUGCAGUUCCCCUGGUAGGUACUACCUAACACCAGCUGAGUUUGCCAUCCUACGAAUGAUUCGUUCUGUGAAGGAGUUACACACCUACCUUAGGAGGUAUAUAAAAAAGGAGGAGGACCUUUACAAGAUUGUUCGUGAUAAGAGUAUUGCCAGUAUGGCUUACAACAACCCAAUGGACUUCAUCAAAAUAGUUUAUGUAGCCCCGUUGGAGGAAAUUGUUCUGAAGACGUUUGAAAACUGGACCCAUUUUUCCAACUCCUUUGGGAUGAAAAUGGCAAUACUGACGGGCGACGUACAGGUGGAUACGAAAGUGUUACAAAGGAAUAACAUCGUUCUGUGCACCCCGGAUAGGUAUAAUAAUUUGUCUAAAAAAUGGAGGAGGAAGAAAAUUUUUCAAUCGGUAAAUUUAUACAUAUUUGAUCAUAUGGAACUGUUAGACACGUUGGAGGGGUCAAUCAUGGAGGUUCUGAUCAGCCGGGUGAGGUACAUAGCAACGCAGCUGGACUUGGGCAAAUCCCAGCGGGGCAAGAAAGGCAGCACAAGCACAGGUUCUGCAUCGACUGACGCAAAGUCGAAACUGCCUCCCUUCGUUGACCUCAACCUGGGGGACGACAGAACGAAGGACAAGAAAGGAGCAUCCUCCGACGCUGCUCAGAACCUUAACAAAAUGCAACACCUGACCAUGGACGAUGUUUACGAAAACAUUGGGGUGAAUAGAAUCGUGUGUCUGUCCAGCUGUUCCGUUAACAACUGCAAAGACGUUGCCGAAUGGAUCGGGUGUAAGAAGAGCGAUUAUUACAAUUUCCUCUCCAGUGUGAGGAGUAUUCCGAUCGAAAUUUACCUGCACGCCGUCAGCAUCAUGAACAAGCAGAAUAGGUACCUUUCCAUGCAGAGGCAGGUAUACCAGACGGUUCGAAAAUUGAAAAGGAAGAACGCAAUCAUCUUCGUGACGGAGGAUAAAAUGUGCAAAACGUUGGCCCUCGAUUUGGUUCUUUCUGCCUGUAAUGACGGGUUCAGUUUCUUCUCCACCAUCGGAGGGUCCACCUUAAAGGAGAAUUUGCAGGACCACAUUAACGAUAGGAUGCUGGUGGAGUUGCUCAAACAGGGAGUGGGUUACCUGUAUCGAAACAUGAGUGAGAUGGAGAGAAAAGUUGUAGAAGCGCUCUUCGAUAAGAAGGCAAUUCAGUUACUGAUAGUGGCCCACGACUACGUGUAUCGGUUGAACGUUUAUGGAAAUGUGGUAAUCCUGUUAGACACAAUAAUAACGCACUUCGAUGGAAAGGAGGAAGAUUAUUCCAUUCAGAGUGUGUUGCAAAUGCUCAGUUAUGCAGGUCGGGAAGGAGAAGACACAAAGUCGUUUGUUUACAUAUAUACCUACAUCACGAAGAAGGAAUAUUACAAGAAUUUCAUUUACGAACCGCUGACUGUAGAGUCGAACAUAGAAGAUUACCUUCCAAACUUUUUGAACAACGAAAUUGUGAUGAGUACAGUAGAGACGUAUCAGGAUGCUAUCGACUGGAUCACGUGGUCCUUUUUCUACAGAAGAAUUAGGAAGAACCCAAAUUAUUACGGUCUGAAGGGGGUAUCCAAUGAGCACAUAUCCGACUACCUGUCUGAGCUGAUUGAAAGCAACAUUGAGUUACUCUCCUUUGCGAAUUGCGUGGCGGUCGAAUCGGGGGAGGACAAAAAAUCACGCAAUGGAAUGUUGCAUAGUGGGGAAGGUGCUAGUAGUGGUUCCGUCUCCAUUAAGCCGUGCAAUCUGGGAAUCAUUGCGUCAUACUACAAUCUGGACUACCACGUAAUUCACUUCUUUAAUCAGUACGUGUUAUCCCUGAAGGGGCUGAAGAAAAACAGGAUAAUGGAAAUUGUGUGCCUGUCCAGUGUCAUGUCUGAGGUGGUAAAAAUGAGCAACUACGAUGUGAUGCUGUGCGUGAAGAUUGCCCAGACGUGUAACAUGAAGGUCACCUCGGAGUUCUUGAAGCUUUCCAUAAGUACUGAAUCCGUUACGGGGAAAAAUGGCCUACUCCCGUCAGGAGACGACCCAGAUGGAGCAUCAGAUCACCUGAACAAGUCAGGCGAAAAUGACAAAAAAGAGCAAUACAUAAAUCUGGUAAAUUUUAUUUCCAACCCGGUUUAUUUUACGCCCCAUUUGAAGGCACUAAUCAUUCUGCAGGCACACAUCCAUCGUUAUAGCAUUCCGAUGAACUACGUGGAAGAAACGAAAAGGGUUUUGCAGAAAACGUUUAAGCUGAUCAAUGCACUUAUAGACGUGAUCAGCAGUAACAACAUUUUAAAUUUCUGCCUGUUCGUUAUGGAGAUAUCGCAGAUGUUGACGCAGAGCAUGAGCAGCACGGACGAGUCCAACCUGAUGCAGUUACCACACUUCGACGAUGAUUUAAUUAAAAAGGCGAAGGAGUUAGAGAUAGCAGAUGUGUAUGACCUGAUCAAUGCGGAGGACGAACAGAGAGAGGAGCUUCUAAACCGACUGGAUGAGAAGCAGAAGAGCGAAAUUGCUAACGUGUGCAAUAUUUUCCCUGUCAUUGAGGUGCACUACGAUAUCGACCUGGAGAAAAAAUACAAAGUGAAUGAAAUUGCCACGCUGAACUUAACUGUAGAACGGGACUUGGUGCAAGACGAUCCGGACUCCUCUGCCAACUGUUUUGCACACUCUCUGUACCUCCCCUUCGAGAAGGAGGAACUAUGGUGGGUCGUCAUUGGUAUUAAAAAAAUGAACCUCCUCCUCUCUAUAAAGAAGCAGCCUCUGGUAAAAGCCGUUAAUAACGUGAAGGUGAACUUUGAGUUGCCCGACCAGCCCGGCCGCUACGAUGUGGUCAUCUACGUCAUAAACGACUGUUACGUGGGCUGUGACCAGGAGUACGAGUUUGCCAUUCAGGUGGUGGCGUGA